AUGAGUAGCAUUGUUAAAAAGGGAAGUCAGUUCACGCCAAAGUUUAAAAAGGCAGCAAAAAAGAAAGUAUUCAGUCGCGGUCUCUCUACUCCUGCAUCAACUCAAGAGGCAGCAAAAGUAUCGACCCCGCUAGGUGUUGUACAAAGUACUUCUCACAACGUCUCGGGGGAAGUACCAGGAAAUUUCUCAGGAGAUGUAUCACAACAUACGUUACAAUCACAGUAUGGUCAAAAAGAAGGGCUUGAUACCCCUGCUGCUACCCAACUACAAGACCAAAAUGCAUCGGUAUCAAGAAAAGAUAAUGUUGACCCGAGUUUGGCAUCAUCGCGACUGGCUAUUGAAGACGACGAGAAUGUAGGUCCCACGGACAAGCUUAAUCAUAAACUCAAGCUACCAGAUUCGGCUAUUGCAGAUAGUUCUGAUGAGGAGGAAAACAACGAUAAACACAAUAGUGGAACCGGAACGAAAAUUUCCAGUCGACGUGCCUCUACUACACAUAGAAGGCUUUCGGGAAUACAUCACGGUGGGUACAAGAGCCGUUCUGGUUCGAUAUCUCACAACUAUCUGGAUCAUCUGCACUCUCAACUGCAUGUGCACCAACAAUCUGCAAAGAUCAUCAUUCCUCAGCAUAAGGCCACAAAGAGGAGAAGAUCGCUGACUAGAGCAUCUCGAAGAAGGUCGCUGUCACAAGCAGGUUUGCCCUUGAAUGUGGCACCUGCAUUAAAACCAUCCACUAUUGCACCCAAACCCGUUACCCAUUCAAAGCAUGCGUCAAAAACAUCAAAGGAACAAACAUUAGCACCAUAUCCAGAACCUGUAGCCGCCGCCGCCACGGCAGCUACUGCUGCUGCUGCUGCUGCUGCAGCUGCGUCGUCAUCAUCAUCAUCAUCAUCAUUGCCGCUGUUAACUCUAGCAGCAAAGGCUGCUGCUGGUGCUGCACCAAUCAGUAAAAUCAUGAAUGAAGCCGAGAAGGAUACAGAGAAGAACAAUGAAAACUUCCAUAGAAGCACUUCACCAACAAAAGAGGGCGUGAGUGCAGACUUUGUGCUUGGCUUGGACCCGGUGACGAACAAAGUACGCAAGUAUAGAAGAAAAACAGCAGUACUUCGGGAUGCUGCUAAUAGCGCCAACGAGUUCUCCAGGACAUCUGAUAUCAAACUUGAGGAUAUUAUUCCAGUUGAGCCCGACAAUUUAGUCACAAAAAUUAGUAGUGUGAACCAAUUGCCUAGUCAUAUAAAGGAGGAGGAUUUGUCGCUAUACAAUGAGCUUGAGUUUGACUAUGAGGGAAUGACGAUGGCAGACUUGUGUAAGCCAACUUUGAAAAUUGGUGAAGUGAGCUCGAAUUAUAAUUUGGUCCAAGAGGCAGAGAGAGAAAGGAAGCGCCAAAAAUUACAGAGACGACUAAACCGAGAGAAGGCGAGAAAUGAAGGUAUUUCGCUUGAACAGGCAACGUUGAUGAAUGAAGGCGGGACAGAAGAAGAGAUUCGAAAUGCUGCUGGUAAUGGAUAUGGUAGUGGCAACGGUAAUGGCAGAGCGGUUCAGGAUGUAAAGGAUGACUUUUUGAAACUUGAUGCUGAUGAUGAGCCUCUGACUUCUACAACUUUGCAAUUGACUUUGGUGGAUGGGAAAAUUAAGUAUAGUGAGGAGUCCGCUGUGGUUGUUAAGCACAGGGCGGAUACUUCCACUCGGACUGUUGAGCAAUCAAACCCAUAUGCAAACCCUGUAAAAUCCAAUACCUAUGGUAAGCAAUCUCAUACAGACAAGUGGUCAUCGAUGGAGCGCCAUGAGUUUUACAAGGCACUUAGUAUGUUUGGCACUGAUUUCUCGUUGAUUGCGCAAAUGUUUCCUCACAGAACCAGAAAACAAGUUAAAGCGAGAUUUGCAUUAGAGGAGAAGAAAUAUCCCGAAGUUGUCGAAGUUGCGCUUCGAAGGAAAUUACCGGUAGAUUUCGAUGAGUAUUGCAAAAACAUCAAGAAUGGUGUUAAGACGAUGGAGCAGUAUAAUGAAGAUUUGCGUAGAGUGAGGUUGGAGCAUGAAGAAAGUAUGAAUGCGAUAGCACUUGAGCGCGAGAAGGCAUUUAAAGAAGAUGCCGAGGCUAGCAGGCGUAGGGAGAUUGAGAUUAGAACAGGUGUUAAGCCAAUGACCAGAGCCGAAAAGGUGAGAGAAUUGCGUAAGAAUGAAAUGGUUUUGGGAUCUAUAGAUGAUAUAAAGCGUCAAAGAGAGGAGGAGGCGGAGGAGGGGGCGGCGGAAGUAUAG